AUGCAAGCACAAAUGUGCCCUGACGAUUUGGCCUGGGAGCAAGCCGAGGAAACAUCUGACAACUGGCUAGCUCAAUUUCUUGAGCUGGACAUCUUGAGACCGAUCGCGGACUUCAUCCUGAAUCACAACAGGGGCAAUGCGACCGAGUUUGCCAUACUUAAAAAAGGCUCUUAUAACAUCUCUUUACGGAUGAAAUACCGGAAAGGUGCCACCAUUAUACGUUUCUCGCAGCCCGGUGCCGUUCUUUUCCCUGAGGAGAAAGUCAUGAAUGAGAUUGCUGUGAUGCGAUUUCUCGCUGAUCAGACGUCAAUACCCAUUCCAUUUAUUCUCCACUCAGGUACAAAGGAGGAGAGCCCCCUCGAACUGAGUCCAUUUAUUAUGAUGGAUUAUAUCGAACACGAAUCGAAAAUGUACGACGCUCUCAACACUCCAGGAUGCCCAAAAGAGGAGCGUGGAAUUCUGGACCCAAACAUCGACGACGACAAGCUUGAGAUGCUAUAUAGCCAGCUCGCGGGUAUUCUGCUUCAGCUUUUGACUCCCUCGUUGCCUCGAAUAGGAUCUCUCAGCCAAAUCGAUGACUUCACUUGGGAAGUAACACGCCGGCCUUUGUCAAUGAAUAUGAAUGAACUUGUACGACUGGGAGGUUUGCCGCGAUCAAAACUUCCGGAUAUAGAUACUACAUAUAAUACAGCCUCUUCAUAUUUUGAAGCCCUUGCGGACCUCAACAUUGAGCACCUGGUACAUCAGAGGAAUGAUGCUGUGGAGUCCGCAGAUGACUGUCGGCGAAAGUUUGUGGCGCGACAGCUUUUCCGUAAGCUCGCCAGGGAUAAGCAACUCACCAAUCCAUCGGUCGAGAAAGGGCCUUUCAAAAUAUGGUGUGAUGAUUUACGGCCAGCUAAUGUACUACUUAAUGAGAAUAUGCAAAUUGUUGGAGUGGUGGAUUGGGAGUUUACAUACGCAGCACCCGCUGAAUUUUCUUACGCGCCGCCUUGGUGGCUGCUUAUUGAGAAGCCUGAGUUCUGGUCAAAGGGCAUUGAGGACUGGACAAGAGUAUUUGAUCAUCGUUUGAAGACCUUUCUCAAGGUGAUGAAGGCUUGUGAAGACACAGCGAUCCAGCAGGGUCGGUUGAAAGAAGACCAGCGGCUCUCCGGUCCUAUGCAACAGAGCUGGGAGAGUGGAGAUUUCUGGAUCAUGUAUGCAGUGUCGCACAGCUUUGCCUUUGAUGCAAUAUACUGGCAGAAGAUUGACCCACGGUUUUUUGGGCCCACUGAGAGCCCCGAGGAAGCGUGGAAAGAUAGACUCGUUCUGCUGGAUGAGAAGACAAAAGAUGAGAUGGAACAACUGGUGGCUCGGAAGCUGGAAGAGAUGAAAAUCAGGAUUUUGGCGUGGGAUCCGGAUGAGUAUACUGUGGCUUUUCGCCAGCAAUUGAAUAGACGGAGAGAAGAAGCUAAGGAGGAGAAAGCGAAAGCGGAUGAAGCCGACAAGAUGGAGAACAGCGGAGUGAAGGGGGACAAGGCCACUUCGGGGACCAAUACCAUAGGCGAUAAGCUGGCCACCACGCAUUUGUCUGGCUAG